AUGCCUCCUAAACAGCUCGGCUGGUUCGGCCUCGGCUCCAUGGGCCUAGGCAUGGCCCUGAACCUGCAGAAAUACCUGGACGCCAACGGCCUCCCUCCACUGCACUACAGUAACCGCAGCUUAUCCAAGGGCCAAGCUCUGCAAGAUGCAGGCGGCAUUCCCAAAGACGACUUUGAGAGCGUCGUGCAAGACUGUGAUAUCAUAUUCACAAUGAUAUCCAACGACGCCGUCCUAGCCACCCUCCUCGACAAAGCCCUAACCACGUCCUCCACGUCCUCCCUCGCCGGCAAAAUCUUCAUCGACGCAUCGACCGUACACCCCGAUACCUCCGCUACAUCUGCAGGGCAUCUAAAAGCGCAAGGCGCAACAUUCAUCGCCGCGCCCGUCUUCGGCGCCAGCCCCGUCGCCGCAGCAGGGAAGCUCAUUUUCGCUAUGGCCGGUCCGUCAGAUGCCGUAGCGGCAGUCAGACCGUAUAUCCUCGAUGUCAUGGGCCGCAGUAUCAUAGACAUGGGCGCGGAUGUGCGGAAGUCCAGUUUGCUGAAGAUCUGCGGAAACAUCCUCGUAAUAAGCUUCAUGGAAGUCCUGUCUGAAUCGCACGUCUUCGCCGAAAAGACCGGGUUGGGAACAACCCUUCUCCAAGACUUCAUCGCCAACAUGUUUGGCCCCGUGCUGGAGAGCUACUCCGAGCGCAUCACCAGUGGCGCCUAUGCGCCUCCCCCUGACGUCGCGCCCGGUUUUGCGGCCGCGCUCGCGUGCAAGGAUAUGGGGCACGCGCUUGGUAUUGCGGAGGAUCAUGGGACGACGCUGCCGACUGUGGAAACGGCGCUGGGCAGAUUAAGGAGGGCGAGGGAGACGGCGGGGGAGUGGAUUGAUAGUGCGGCGGUUUAUGGGACGGCGAGGGAGGAGGCCGGGUUGGGGUUUUGGAGUGAGCGGUGUACGAGGGAAUGA